AUGUCCGACCAGGAGGUCCAGGACCUCUAUGAUGCCAUCAAGCAAGUUUCACAGCAGACGAGGGUGGACCACCGAUUCAUCCUAGCCGCAGCCAUGCAGGAGACGAGGGGUUGCGUGAGGGCCAAGACAUCGAUAUCGCCAGAUGGGACCGUGCAAAACCCGGGAAUUCUGCAAUCGUUCAGAGGCAACCAUUCCUGCAAUGAUGAUGGGAAGGUACAGAAUCCGUGUCCCAAGGCACAGAUUCUGGGCAUGAUCCAGGAUGGAGUUGCCGGCACAGCAGAUGGCGGCCACGGAUAUGCCCUUGAUCUCAACGCUCAGGCAACACUCGAUGGUGUGGAGUAUGCGCAAGCAUACUAUCGCGCCGCACGACUGUACAACUCCGGCGAAAUUGAUUCAUCGGGCGACCUGGGCAGCGGCUCAGCAACACACUGCUACGCGAGCGACAUCGCCAACCGUCUGACAGGGUGGACGGAUGCACCUUCAGCAUGUACAUUAGACUGA